AUGUCCUCCACGUAUGUCCAUUACGCAGCUCCCUCCUCUCUACCCUCGGACUACGCCCUUCUCUCGCGCUAUGCCGCGGCAAAUCCAGGCGCGGCGGCAGGCGCGGACGAGCAAGCCGAGGCGAGCAGCGUCGCACUUUCCUCAGAUGUCGACGAACAUGAAGACGAGAGCUCCGGGCUUGACAUCCACACGAAUGGAGUCGGGAUAGGCCGGUCUACCUCUAAGAGACGUAGCAGCUUCCCGAGCUCCUAUAUCACGCCUUUCAACCCCACCAUGGGCCCCCUCCCGGACAAACAUGGCCACCGCUCAGGACCCCACCCCAAGGAUCCCAACGAGAACACGCCGCUACUUGCCCCCCCUGUCCCGCGCAUUGAAGAAGAGUGCGAUGCGGCCAGCAACGAUUCAGCGCGGCCGUUCGGCGAAUUGUUGCGCGAGGAGGCGCGGAUCCUCGUGAAGUAUACCCUCCCAGUCUUUGGUACUCAUCUGUUCGAGUACUCGCUCGUCAUCGCUUCUGUCGUCUCCAUAGGACAUCUGUCCACUACUGCUCUCGCUGCUUCUACGCUUGGUUCUAUGACCGCGAGUGUCUCAGGUUUCAGCAUCAUCCAAGGCUUCGCAAGUACAUUGGAUACAAUGCUUCCUAGUGCAUGGACGUCUACCCAGCCGCAGCUGGUGGGCCUUUGGGCUCAGAGAAUGGGGGUCGUGAUGGCCGCCUCCCUGAUACCUAUCAUGUUUAUUUGGUGGAGUUCGGAAAGCAUCCUGCUCUUCCUCAAACAAGAGCCCGAAGUCGCCCGCCUCGCAUCCGUCUAUCUCAAGUAUUCGUCGGCCGGGCUGCCCGCAUACGCGUUCAACGCUAUAUCGCGACGAUAUUUCCAAUCACAAGGUCUGUUCACCGUGCCCACGCGAAUCAUCCUCGGGGUCGCCCCUGUGAACGCGCUGCUCAACUACCUGCUCGUGUGGGGCCCGGAGCCGAUUCGCCUCGGAUUCAUCGGCGCCCCGAUUGCUACGGCCAUUUCGUUCAACCUCAUCUCCAUCCUGUCCAUCUGCUAUGGGGUGUUCUUCGUGCCGAAAACCGCCUGGCACCCGCUCUCGAUGCGUUGCUUCACUAGCCUCGGCGUCCUGGUCCAGCUCGGGCUGUCUGGCGUCGGCCAGGUGGCGAGCGAGUGGUGGUCCUGGGAGCUUGUCGGACUUGCCGCCAGCCAGCUGGGACCGACCGCGCUCGCGACGCAAUCCGUUUUGCUCGUCUCGGCUUCGACGACGUAUCAGGCGCCGUUUGCGCUGAGCGUCGCGGCAUCCGUCCGUAUCGGUAACCUGCUCGGAGAGGAGAACGUAACGCGCGCGGCUGUCGCGGCGAAGUGCUCUAUUCUUAUGUCACUCGUCAUCAGCGCCGUAUGGAGCACGAUGUUCAUGGUCUUCCGGCAUUCGUGGGCGCACCUGUUUAACGAUGAUCCGGCUGUGGUCUCCCUCGUCGCGUCGAUUCUUCCUCUCGUUGCGCUCUUCCAGGUGUUCGACGGCCUUGGCGCCAUCACAUCUGGCAUCCUGCGUGCAAUAGGCAAACAAUUCACGGGCGCGCUGCUCAACCUGAGCGCUUACUAUGUCAUCGGCAUUCCGUUCGGGAUCUGGCUCGCGUUCUGGCGCGAUAUGCAGCUGCACGGGCUCUGGGUCGGCUUGACCGUUUCUCUCGUCUACGCCGCUGCAAUUGGCGUAUGGAUAUGCCUGAAGACGGAUUGGGAGCGCGAGGUGGAGAAAGUCCGGAUUCGGCUUGAGGCGGACCAGAAAGAUAUGCAGAACGACGUGGAGGCGAUCGAAUAGAUGGGUCCCGUGGGGAGGUCGUAGCCCACGUUAUAGUGAGUUACGAACGCCUAGUCUUACUGAGUUAUGACAUCAUGAAAAGUCACGAAACAAGAGAUGACAUCUACCUGUAGUCAGAGCUAAUGCUGACAUCGCACGUCCGUCACUUUGUAUGGUGUUUCUUGCGGACAUCAGAUUGGUGUGGUGGAAUAGGUCUGUCUUGUCUACACUACUCCCCUUCCUGUAGUGCUCCUGGUCAGGGACUCGAAC